AUGGGGGGCGAGACAUCCUCUCGCAUCAUGUCGUCCUAUCCCAAAUUGGUCUCUACUGGACCCGUUGGAAAGCAAAUUGAGAGCAUCUAUACCGAUCGGCUACGCCAGUUCACCUCAGGUGGGCAGUACGAGAAGCAGAACCUCCUCGCUAAGCUCUACCACAAUAUCUGCGACGAUGAGGAGCAUGUGAAGCUCUCGGUCUACUCCCCACCAAAUCUCACCCGGCCGACCUUUGACGACGCGACCUCGCAUAGCUUCAGACCAACUCAUCGCGGCGAGUCCUUCGGUCCCUCAUGGUCUACUCAUUGGUUCAAGAUACAGCUUACGAUCCCCGAGUCCAUGCGGGAUGGCGAGCACCUGGAGUUCCACUGGGAUGCCAACAACGAGGGUAUGGUGUGGACACAAGAUGGAAAUCCUCUGCAGGGCUUGACCGGCGGCGGCGAUCGUACAGAAUGGAUCCUCCCCACGGCCUGGCGUGACGGAAAAGAGCACACUUUCUAUAUCGAGAUGGCUUGCAACGGGAUGUUUGGCAAUGCUCCUGGAGGUGACAGCAUUCAGCCUCCAGAUCCAAAUAAAUACUUUACCCUGUGGAAGGCACAGAUUGUGGAUGUCAAUCUCGCUGCCCGGCAGCUGUAUGUUGAUUUUUGGAUCAUCGGAGACGCAGCCAGAGAGUUCCCAGGGGACAGCUGGCAGAGACAUGAAGCCCUACAGGUCUGCAAUCAAAUCAUGGACACAUUCAUCGCGGAGAAUGGAUCCCUUGACUCCAUCAAAAAGGGCCGCGAGAUCGCACAGAAAUACAUUGGUAAAAAUGUUGACUCUUCAAAGGUCUAUGACUCCGAGGGAAAGAGUAUAGUAUACGCCAUCGGGCACUGCCACAUCGAUACCUGCUGGCUUUGGCCUUGGGCCGAAACAAAACGCAAAGUGGCAAGGAGCUGGUCAAACCAGUGUGACCUGAUGGACCGAUAUCCGGAACAUCGGUUUGCAUGCAGUCAAGCACAACAGUACAAAUGGCUGAAGAUGUACUAUCCCUACGUUUUUGACCGGGUCAAGUCGAAGAUCAAGGAAGGCAGAUUUCAACCAAUCGGCGGAAGCUGGGUCGAGCACGACACCAACAUGCCGAGUGGCGAAUCUCUAGUCAGACAGUUCCUCUAUGGCCAACGGUUCUUUGAAAGCAAUUUUGGGGAGAGGUGCCAGACCUUUUGGCUUCCGGAUACUUUUGGAUACUCCGGUCAGCUGCCGCAAAUCUGUCGGUUGGCUGGAAUGACUCGUUUCUUCACCCAGAAACUCAGUUGGAACAACAUCAAUAAUUUCCCACAUACCACGUUCAAUUGGGUCAGCCUGGACGGAAGUCAAGUCAUCUGCCAUAUGGCCCCGAGCGAGACAUACACGGCGGAUGCCCAUUUUGGAGAUGUCCGGAGGAGCGUGUCCCAACAUAAGAGCAUGGACCAGGACAACACCUCUCUGCUUGUAUUCGGCAAAGGCGACGGUGGUGGAGGCCCCACAAGAGAUAUGCUGGAAAAGCUGAGGAGAUGCCGUGGGCUGGCUGAUACUGUCGGGUUACUGCCACGAGUCAAGAUGGGCAACUCGGUGGACGAUUUCUUCGCCAACCUGGAGAAAAAGGCCGCCGAAGGCACCAAAUUCGUCACCUGGUACGGAGAACUCUACUUCGAGCUCCACCGAGGCACAUACACGACCCAAGCAAACAACAAGCUCAACAACCGGAAGCAGGAGGUUAUGCUGCAUGAUAUCGAGUAUCUGGCCACAUUGGCCAGCUUGAAAAGCAAGAGCUACAAGUACCCCAAGAAGGAAAUCGAUGAGAUUUGGGAGAACGUGCUGCUAUGUCAAUUCCAUGAUUGCCUUCCCGGCAGCUCGAUUGAGAUGUGCUACGAUGACUCCGGUGCUCUCUAUGCACACAAUGCGAAAUUGGGAGAAAAGGUGAAAGAGGAGGCACUCAACGUGCUUGGCGUCUCGGGACACAUCAAGGUCAACGCCGAACUUGUGGCCGUGAAUACGGCUCCUUGGAAGCGAUCCGAGCUGGUUCCGAUCCCGAAGGUUCAGGCGAAGUCACAGCAACAAAAGUACACCUUUGUCUCCGGAGGUCCAGGCGUGGUGAAGACCCACGCAGCUUCAGCAGUUCAAUCGACAGCCUCCGUGGAGGAGACCAGCAAGGGCGUGUUUGUGCUCAAGAACAGCCUGUACCACGUCGAAGUCGAGGCAGGUUGCAUUACGUCGCUGAUUGACUUGAAGGCCAACCGUGAAGUCAUCGCCAACGGUGGCAAAGGCAACCAGCUGGUUAUAUUCGACGACAAGCCCCUUUACUGGCAAGCUUGGGAUGUGGAAGUCUUCCAUCUGGAAUCGAGAAAGGAGCUGAGAUCGGAACCCUCUGAAAUCGUCGAAGAUGGGCCGUACCGGGUGAGUGUGGCAACAAAGACCCAAAUCAGCCAGGACAGCUGGGUGAAAACGACAAUUAGUCUCGAGGCCUCGGCCGGCCAGAAUGACUUUGGUUAUGUGACAGUCGAAGCCGAAGUCGAAUGGCGAGAGAGCAUGAAAUUCUUGAAGGUGGAAUUUCCCGUCGACGUGGUCAACACUGAGGCAAGCUAUGAGACGCAAUACGGGGUGAUUCGACGUCCCACUCAUUACAAUACCAGCUGGGACAUGGCGAAAUUCGAAGUGUGCUGCCACAAGUUUGCUGAUCUGUCCGAGGCUGACUACGGCGUUUCCAUCCUGAAUGACUCCAAGUACGGAUUCGCGACAUGUGGCAACCUGAUGCGGUUGUCCUUGUUGCGCGCUCCCAAGGCUCCAGACGCACAUGCCGACAUGGGACGACAUCGCAUCAAAUGGGCGAUCAUGCCACAUCAGGGCGCGCUGAGCAGCAGUACAGUUCGAGCUGCAUACAAUUUCAACCACCCGCUCCAACUGGCGUCGUUGGUGGACGACAAACCUGCUAAAGAGCUCUUGAAUGCCGUAUACCUCACCGGAGCCAAAUCACUUGUACUGGAUUGUGUCAAGCGUGGAGAAGACGAUGAGGAUGUUUCCCGUGGAGAAUUGACACCACGGCCUGGCCAAAGCGUGAUCCUGAGAAUCUAUGAAUCUUUGGGAGGGAAGAGUAGGGGCACAAUUGAGACCAGCUUGCCGGUCAAAAAGGUCUUCAAGACCAACAUAUUGGAGGAUGAUCUCGAAGAGUUGGCCAUGUCUGGAAAGAACAAGAUCACUAUCGACAUUGAGCUGCGACCAUUUGAGGUCGCCACGUAUCGGUUGCAGUUGUGA